UUAAUCGAAUCUGGUGUAAAGUAAUCAUACCAAUACUUUGGAAAUUACCUUUUGGUCAAGAAUAUACAAAUUAUUUGAAGUUGGCAAAGAAAGCAUUAUAUGAUAAUCAGAGAAUAUUAUUUCGUGAUAUGAUAUUUAAGAAAUCAGAAAGUUUUACUUCGACUAUAGGAGAUUAUGAACUGAUUCGUCCAUUAUAUAGAUCAUUAGCACUAAUUUGUGAUAAUAUUUUAAAUAUGGAUUUGGAAUUGGAUUCAUAUUCUCAAGAGCAAUUAUUAGUAAAGCUUAUCAUCGUUCAAAAACGUAUAGAAAAUCUAUCAAUUGUUGCUUAUUAUAAUCUAGAUUAUGAUUCAAUAUCUUGGGCUAUCAUUAAUGAAAAGGAAACAUUAAAAAUUAAAUUAUUCACAAAUUUAAGAAAUAUUUGUCUAGAUUUAGAUUCCGCAAUUCCAUUUGAUACUUUAUCAGCAAUUUUAAAUUAUUGUACCAAUUCAGCUUUAUAUAUUUUAAGCAAUGAUCAAGUAAUAGCAAUAUUCAAUAAUUAUUUUAACGAAUUAAGAAGAUUUUCAUUUGAUUAUGGAGAAGGAUUUGAUGUUGAUUAA